AUGGCUACGAACGGAAGCUUUACACACCAGGAGCAGUACAAGGCCCCGACCGAUCAGGGCAGCGCUCCCUCUGACGUCGUGUCCACUGCGGGCUCCAACAACAACCUGUCCAAGGACCAGAUCGGAUGGAUCUUCAUCGAGCAGUACUACACCACUCUCAGCAAGACGCCUGAGAGGCUUCACCUCUUCUAUCACAAGCGCUCCCAGUUCGUCGCUGGAGUCGAGGCUCAGCUCGCCGACGUCUCGGUGGGACGCCAGGCUAUCCAGGAGCGCAUCAAGAAGCUCGACUUCCAGGACACCAAGGUCCGCGUUUCCAAUGUCGACUCACAAGCAUCUUUCGACGGCAUUGUUAUUCAGGUGAUCGGUGAGGUUUCCAACAAGGCUGGCGAGCCCAAGAAAUUCGUCCAGACAUUCGUUCUCGCUCAGCAGCCUACUGGAUACUUCGUUCUUAACGACAUCCUUCGAUACAUCGAUGACGAAGACCAGGUGCCUCAGGAGACUGCCGAGGCCAACACUGUGGAGGCCCAGGAGGCUGCAGUCGAGGUUGUGCCUGCCGCCGAGCCUGAGAAGCCCGCGGAGGCUGCUUCAGAGGAUCCCAGCCCCGCUCUUGACGUUAAGGCCGUCGAGCAGAAGCUUGAGGAGGCCUCAUCUGAGGAAGCUGCCCCGGUUGCCGAGGAGAAGGUCGAGGCGGAGAAGCCGGCUACCAAGGCCGAGGCCGCCAAGCCUGAUCCCGAGACCACCGCCAAGGACCUCGCUGAUGAGGAUGCUAAGGCUGCCGAGAAGCCUCAAGAUCCCGCCCCUUCCCCUGCCGCCAAGGAGAUUGCUCAGCCUGAGGCUGCCGCUCCUGAGCCCACUGGUCCCCCCAAGCCCAUGACCUGGGCCAGCCGUGCCGCUGCCGCUGCCGGGCCUCGACCUGUGGUCCCUCUCCCCAAGACCGCCACUCCUCCUGCCCAGAGCCAGAGCCGUGCUCCUGCUCCCGCCGCUGCGCCCGCUGCCGCCGCCGCUCAGCCUGCUGCCCCUGCUGAAAAGGCUGCUCCUGCUCCUGCUGCCGAGGCCCAGCCAAAGGAUGCCGCCGGCUGGCAGACAGCCGGCGCCGACUCCAAGCGCCAGAACCGACCUCAAUCCAUUUCUGCCGCUCCUGUUGAUAAGGAGGGCACCCUUGGCUAUGUCAAGUACGUGACCGACAAGGUCCAGGACGGAGAGCUUAAGAAGGCUCUCGAGGCCUAUGGCGAGCUCGCCUACUUUGACAUCAACCGCCAGAAGAACUGCGCCUUUGUCGAGUACAAGACCGCUGAGGGUCUCCAGGCCGCUCUCGGCGCCAGCCCCCACAGUGUCAACGGAGAGCAGAUCAUCGUUGAGCAGCGCCGCCCCAAGGCCAACACCUACGGCAACAACUUCAGCGGCGGACGCGGCGGCUCUCAGCGUGGCCGUGGUGGUUUCGACGGCAACCGCAACGGCGGCCAGGGCGGCAACAGGGGCAACUUCUCUGGACAGAACAGAGGACGCGGAGCCCCUCGCGGCCGCGGUGGUGCCCAGGCUCAGAACGCCUAA